UUCUUCAUCACAAUCCACUUCAAACACAAACCUCAAAAGAACAACAAACAAAGCUUUAAUCGAUCAACAAUGUCGAAGAUCCCGGUUAUAACCAUUGUCGUGGCCUUACUCGCAGUGCUAGCUUUGCCGGUUCGCAGCCAGCAACCGCCGCUUAGCCAAUGUACGCCGUCUAUGAUGACCACCGUGGGUCCUUGUAUGAGCAUUUUAACUAACAGCAGUACCAACGGAACUUCACCUUCCUCUGAUUGUUGUAACUCGUUGAGGUCUUUAACUACGGGAGGAAUGGGCUGUCUCUGUCUUAUUGUCACCGGAAGUGUUCCUUUUAAUAUUCCGAUUAACCGUACAACCGCAGUCUCUCUUCCACGUGCUUGUAACAUGCCUAGAGUUCCUCUUCAAUGCAACGCCAACAUUGCUCCAGCUGCUGCUCCUGGACCUGCUGGUACAUUUGGACCGGCCAUGUCUCCAAGUCCAGCAACAACUCCAGUUGUUCCAGAGCCUACUCCAGCAGCUCAGACACCACAGUCUGAUACAACCAGACCUUUUACACCAACCGUGGACGGUGCUGCUCCUACGUCUGAUGAUGGAGGAAGCACCAGUCGACCAUCUGUUACUCCUUCGUCCUCCUACGCUCUCUCACCAUCCCUUCUCUUCCUUGUUGUCAGCCUCGUAGCUCUCAAAUUCUACUGAUUUCAUUGUUUCUUUAAUUUUCUCUGUCUUCAUCCUCAUGUGAUUUGAUUUAUGCAUCUCUCAAACCAUUUAUUGGUCAUUUCUUUGUGGAAUAAGCUUGUGUAUAUUUUGUAAUUGUGUGAGAAUUUUUACUUUGUAUA